AUGUCGACUUCAACAAGUGCAUUGGCAAUUGAAAAACAGAUGGCACCUGAAAAUGAAAUUCAACAGGUUGAAUUACUUAAUGGGGUAGAGGAUUUGCAUGGAGGAAUCAUUCUUGACAUGGAGAAACCUAUGGAUUCUGAGGUCUUCGCCUCUUUACUUAGAGCUUCAAUAUCACAAUGGAAGCAACAGGGGAGGAGGGCGGUUUGGAUUAAAUUGCCUAUUGAACUUGUUAAUCUGGUUGAACCCACGGUUAAGGAAGGGUUUAGAUACCACCACGCCGAACCAGAUUAUUUGAUGGUUGUAAAUUGGAUCAGUAGUUCCUCCAAUACUCUUCCUGAAAAUGCUUCACAUCGUGUGGGGGUUGGUGCUUUUGUCAUGAAUGACAAAAGAGAGGUGCUUGUAGUUCAAGAGAAGAAUGGCAAGUUCAAAGGCAGUGGUGUCUGGAAAUUCCCUACCGGAGUUGUUAGUGAGGGUGAGGAUAUUUCCAUGGCAGCAAUCCGGGAAGUUAAAGAAGAGACGGGGAUCGACACCGAAUUUGUGGAAAUUUUAGCAUUUAGGCAAAGCCACAAGUCAUUCUUCAAAAAAUCGGAUUUGCUUUUUGUUUGCAUGUUACGGGCACACUCAUUUGAUAUCCAGAAACAAGAUGUAGAGAUUGAAGCUGCCCAGUGGAUGUCACUCGACGACUAUGCGGCCCAACCUUUUAUCCAGAAACACGAUGCCUUCAGUAGUGUUGCCAAAGUAUGCUUAACAAAGUUAGAGAAGGAGUACGCCGGAUUUUCGCCAAUUCCAACAACCACAGCUUCUGGGAAAACUAGUUACUUAUACUUCAACACCAGAGAUUUUAACAAGCUGUAAGCAGCAGUAACGUUAAUGUCACUGAUGACGAAUAAAAC